UGAAUAUCAUAUAUAAUUACUCAUCUAGAAGAUUAGCUCAAACUGUGUCAAAAGAACGGCCGACCUUAUCAAUAUCUAAUAAAACAGAUACAAUUUUCAUAAGUCCUAGCUUUUCUUCAGGUUCUGAUGAAUUCGAAUAUCCUAUGAUGGUGGAUAUGCCGAAAGUCGUCAGAGAGGUUCUUUCAAACUUGCCCUUAACAAUUCGUCCAAUAAAUGAUCCACGAUUUCCAAUUCUCAUAGGUGAAUAUCAAAAGUGUGACAACAUACUGUUGAAAACAGGAGAACCUCCAGAACUAUUGAUUCUCAUCAAAUCUGCUCCAUCAAACUAUUUACGCAGAAAUACUAUACGCCUAACAUGGGGUAAUGAUUUUUGUUGGGGUGGACGUCGUGUCGUGCAUCUUUUUCUUCUUGGAAAUGUCCCACCUGAUAACACAAGUUUAAAAUCUAUAAUAAAAAAUGAAUCCAAUGUAUAUCAUGAUAUCAUUCAACAAGAUUUUCUUGAUACUUAUUAUAGCAAUACAUACAAAACCAUGUUUGGUAUUAAUUGGGCAGUGAAAUAUUGUUCAAAGGUCCCAAUCAUUAUGUUUGUGGAUGAUGACUAUUUUGUCUAUCCGAAAAAUGUUAUCGCCUAUAUUGAAGGUUUGAGCACAGAGCUGCGUAAACUCUUGAUCAGUGGUUAUGUCUGGUUUAAUUCAGAACCAGUUCGUAAGAACAGCAGCCAUUUCUCUAAAUGGUAUAUUAAUCACAAAGAGUAUGCUCCACGUUAUUAUCCUCCAUUUGUGGAAGCAGGUAAUUUUUUUCUUUCAAUGAAUUUGGCACGUGAAAUUAAUGUCGCUAUGCUUUACACAAAACAUUUUAGAUUCGAAGAUGUGUAUCUGGGAAUAAUACUUAGGAAAUUAUUACGUUUACCGAUUCAUUUAACAAAGAUUUAUAUAAAUAUCCCGGUGAAUUUGAAUUCAUCCGAGAUAUAUGAAAUGAUUUCUAGUCUUGGUUUUGGCGAAUCUGUUUCACAAUUCUCCUUAUGGAAUCGUUUAAACUGCUCAACAUUUUGUGUAAAAUCUCUUGUAUGAUUUACUAUUGUUUUUGUCUUCCUUUAUACUUCUUGAUUUUCAUUUAUCAUGUUUCUCGUUUGUUUGUAAGUAAUUCUUCACGAGUUUGUCCAACUGUGAAUAAAGAUAAAACUAGAGGUCAACCUAGAAGAAACUUUGCCACUGUUAAUCGUUAUUUUGUCCUGAUUUUUGUCAUUGAGAUCACCUGUCUUAUUCAUUUACACUCCAGUUGUGUAUAUUUUCUAUGUGCUCUGAUACACACUAAACAAG